CCGCCGCGCCGAGCCGCUGUAGUGGCCUUGUUGUUCGGCUCUCUGUCCCGUGCCGACGCCGCCCCGCUCUCGUCAGCCCCUGGCCCUCCGUCUCCUUGAGACCGAGCACCAUGCCUUCAAUUAAGUUGCAGAGUUCUGAUGGGGAGAUAUUUGAAGUUGAUGUGGAAAUUGCCAAACAAUCUGUGACUAUCAAGACAAUGUUGGAAGAUUUGGGAAUGGAUGAUGAAGGAGAUGAUGAUCCAGUUCCUCUUCCUAAUGUUAAUGCAGCAAUACUAAAAAAGGUCAUUCAGUGGUGCACCCACCACAAGGAUGACCCUCCUCCCCCUGAGGAUGAUGAGAACAAAGAAAAGCGGACAGAUGAUAUCCCUGUUUGGGACCAAGAAUUUCUAAAAGUUGACCAAGGAACACUUUUUGAACUUAUUCUGGCUGCAAACUACUUAGACAUCAAAGGUUUGCUUGAUGUUACUUGCAAGACUGUUGCCAAUAUGAUCAAGGGGAAAACUCCUGAGGAGAUUCGCAAAACCUUCAAUAUCAAAAAUGACUUCACUGAAGAAGAAGAAGCCCAGGUACGCAAAGAGAACCAGUGGUGUGAAGAGAAGUGAAAUGCUGUGCCUGACAUUAACACUGUAAGGAUUGUUCCAAAUACUAGUUGCACUGCUCUGUUUAUAAUUGUUAAUAUUAGACAAACAGUAGACAAAUGCAGCAGCAAAUCAAUUGUAUUAGCAGAAUAUUGUCCUCAUUGCAUGUGUAGUUCGAGUACAGAUUCCAGACAUAAGGCUAUUUCUUCUAGUGUGAUCAAAAGUUACUUUUUCCUUUGCUCUGAAUAAAACUGAACUUCAGUUUCUCUAUAGAAAAGUGACAUUUGGGCUUUCCCUCUUUUUGUAAAGUGAUUCUGCCUAGUUUAUUGCCCAGUUAACUUUAGUGACCUUUUAAAAGUUGACAUUGUAAAUAAAAACAACUUGCAAAAAGUUUUCUGAAAUAGAAUUAACAAUGUAUUAUCUUUAUUUGUGAGUUGGAAACUGGAAAAAGGCUAUUCAAAGUAAAUGUUCUGAGUGCAGUUAUUAGGAUGGCUUCCAGCUUCCUGGGGUCAAGGAGUGCCACAGGUAUUGAUUAGCCUGUGUGUAGCUGGGCUCCCUUAUUUGGAUCUGAGGACUUGUUUUUGCAUAUUUAAUCCUUUCAGCUUUGACUUUGUUGCCUAGAGACUCAGUUACUACUCUGGUUUUAGGGGGGAAACAUAAGUAGACAGUUCGUUAGCUUUUCAAUUAAAAAGAUACUUAAC